GUAGAGGCUCAUUGUGUAUUAUUAGUGAUAUCUGUAAAUAUUGUAUAUUAUAUUUUGUAUUUGUAUAUUAUGUCAGUUACUAAUGAUAGCACAGCUGAAGUUUUGCUUAUACAUCAGCAAAUAUUUCAGGUUGCACUGACUGAGGGACCAAUAUCAAAAGUUAGUUUUGCAACAUUAAUGUCACUGCUCUUUAUCUAUUUGAAUGCCAUUAUGGUCUACACUCUUUGCAGCAAGCCUGUUUUUAAAGAGACUCCACGCUACAUUCUGUUUAACCACAUGCUUCUCAAUGACUCGAUUCAGCUCUUUGUUACAUCUUUGUUGUAUAUUUUUGGUCUCGCCUAUCUCAAGUUAGUAAUGGCUGCUUGUGCUUUUAUAGUUUUUGUUUCAGGUACAACUUUCCGUAACGCACCUUUAAACCUGGCUGUGAUGUCAAUAGAGCGUUAUGUGGCCAUACGCUUUCCUCUAAGACAUGCUGAAAUAGUCACUCAGAAAAGAACUUGUAUUGCCAUUGGAAUUAUUUGGUUUAUGGGUACGAUGCACUAUGUAAUUGACUUGUUUUACAGCACAGUGACGGAUCCUAAAUUUUUAACCUCACAGAUAUUUUGCACAAGAGAAAGGCUGUUCAUAAAGCAAUGGCAAGUAGAUCUUCAUCAGGGCGUUAACAUAUUCCUCUUUGUAUCAGUGACUAUGAUCAUCCUUUUCACAUAUGUCAGCAUUUUGAUCACAACCAGGUCCAUUUCCUCCAAUAAAGACUCUGCUACGAAAGCCCACAAGACUGUGCUGCUGCACCUCAUUCAGCUGGGCCUGUGUCUUACUUCUUUUCUCUACAGCAUUAUGGAGCGAGCUGCAGCAAUGGCCGGCAGCAGCAGCCUCUUCUUGGACCUGCGUUAUCUAAACUAUGUGUUUGUGCUGAUUUUGCCACGCUGCCUAAGCCCACUCAUCUACGGACUGAGAGACGAUGCACUACGCCCCUUAUUAAUCUACUACUUCCGCUGUGCCACAGGCAGACGCAAGUCUACAGUCAAUGUACACUGAAUUAAGGCCAUGUUUUCAUAUGCUUAGGGAUAUUUAAACAUGUUCAAUGUCUUAUUUGUUGUUGUAGAAACUCGUGGAGACAAUAUAGUAUGAAUUUUUAUGCACAGAAUUCCCACUGCUGGGUAAAACACAACUGACACCACUUAUCCAUGUGUUUCAGUUAAAAACAAACAAAGUUCUGUGUUAUCACUUAGAGGGGACUGAACACCACUUCAUUUGUUUUUAAGUUAAAACUGUUUAAUGUUUAACCUAUUUAACUAAAUCAUGUC